UUCAUGGAACCAGGCUGCUGCUCCCUGCUCUGUCCACUCAGCUCCAGCAUGUGUGGCUGUUAGGAAGGAGCCUGAUAUAACCACAAAGACACAGACCUGGACAUCAGGAGACUGGCGGGGUCCAGCAGUGACACUCUUCUUAAAACAGGUUUAACUUCAGUUUAUUAAAGAUGGCAUGGAAGAGCAGAGACCUAUUGCAAAUAUGCAGAUUUCUUCUUGUGGUGAUUUUAUUUUUGCCAUCCAAGACAACAAGUUCUGUUUUAACUGUGAAUGGUAAAACUGAGAACUAUAUCCUGGACACUCAAACUGGUGUUGAGGAAUCUUUGGAAUGUGCCGUUCAUAACCACACCAGAGAUGAAGAACUCCUCUGGUACCGGGAUGAUGGAAGAGUGGGUUUGAAAGCUGGAAAUAAAAUCAACUCCAGCUCUGUCUGCAUCUCUUCCAUCAGUGAAGAUGACAACGGAGUCAGCUUCACCUGCAAGCUACAGAGUGAUCAGAUGGUGUCCAUCUCAGUGGUGCUGAACGUCACUUAUCCACCUUCCCUAAGUGGAAACAACUUCCGAACAGUUGAAGAAGAUGAUGAUGUGAACUUGGUUUGCAACGUGAAAUCCAACCCACAGGCUCAAAUGAUAUGGCACAAAAACAACAGCAUCCUGAUAUUAGAGAAGAAUCGCCACACAAUCCAACAGACAGGAGAAUCUUUUCAGCUGUCAAUCACCAAAGUCAAGAAAUCGGACCAUGGAACCUACAGUUGUAUUGCAAGUUCACCUCUGAAAAUGGAGACCAUGGACAUUCAACUGGUUGUUAACGAUAAGACUGUGCCUCUACCAGUAGAAGCUAUUAUUGCUGCAUGUGUUGUAGUCUUCCUGACACUGUGCUUUGGACUGUUUGCACGAAGGCAAAGAAUAAUGAAGUUCUGCAUGAAGAAGAGAGACCCUGACAGAGAUACAGCCUUAUGAGAAAGCUGAGGUGGUAUUUCAUACAGGAAGAGUUCUAUAUCAGGACCUCCUCAAUGUAUGCAGUCCAUCUGUAUUUAUUGCUAUUAUUAAAUAUACCCCUGUCAACUUGUCAGAGGUUAUGAAGAAGUGUUUCAUUAAUCAUUUACAGUAGUUGUAAUGACUAACAUGAUAACUCUCAUGGAGCAGUUUUGUGGAGAAAAGUGUUUAAAAUUCAAAGAAAGAUUUUGUUGUCUUCUGCUUAAAGAAUAUGUUAAUACAUUGAAAUUUCUUUCAAUUAGAUUGGGAACCAUUUACUACUUGGUUUGUAUUUUUCUAGGUAAGAUAUUAGCAGGCAGUUGGGUUUCAUAAAUCAGUGCAAUAUAAAAAAAACCACACACCAAACUUUUAAUUAAAGUGGGAGAACCAAAAGGGUAAUCAAUUUUUUAAGUUUUCCAGAGAAGGACAUAAGAAAUAUCAGUGAUCACUUUUA